AUGAUUCAUGUCUAUGGUUCAUGUGGUGUUUGGGAAUUGGUUGUACCUUCAGGUUGGAGUUUUUCUGUUGAUGCAAAGAUAGGAGGAAGAUUACAUGGUUUCCAAUUGAGCUCCUCUAUUGAAGAGUUUCAGAAAAUUGUAAUUGAGGAUUUUUGUUUAAAGGUAACGGAUGCAGAUUUGGAAUUGAGUUAUCUACCUAUUGGAUUGAUCAAUUCAUCAGAAUGUCCACCAGUGAUCAUUGCAAACUCAAGCCAAGUUCAAAACUUUCUAGGGUUUUGUAAGAAGCAUCCGUCAACUCAAUUGUGUGUUACGUAUAAAGCCAAGCAAGAUAAUGAGAAGAAGAAAGGGAAGAUGAAGCAAGGUCAGGUUGAUGGAGAUGAUUAUGAUGCUGACAAGCAUAACAAGAAAAAGAAAGGAAAGAUGAAGCAAGAGGAGAAAGAAGAUCUUUUCCUCAACAAAACAGUGUUAAAGGCAAGGUUUGAGUUAUGUGCAAUGAAGCAUAACUUUCACUACACAGUUACCAAAUCCAAUAAAUCAGUUUGGUGUAUUAGAUGUGCUGAUAAGGUGUGCUAUUGGGGUGCCCGAGCAGAGUGUUUGAAGGGCUCUACAUAUUUUAUUAUUAAUAAGUAUGUCGGUGAACAUUCAUGCGCACCUUCAAACAAAUCCAGUGGCGGUAAGACAGCUUCAGCGAAAACAAUAGGCAGUCUCAUCAUGCAUAAGUACGAAGGUGUCAAAGAAGGACCUAAAGCAAAAGAUAUUGUUCAGAUUAUGCGUCAUGAUUAUGGAUGUGAGAUCUCUGAUUCUUUAGCAUGGGAUUCCCGUGAAUAUGCAAUCAAUGCCGUCAGAGGUAUUCCAGACGAAAGUUAUGGAAAAAUACCAAAAUACUUGCACAUGCUGGAAGAGGCCAAUCCAGGUACCCAUUCCUCUUACGAGACUGACGUCAAUGGAAGAUUUAAAUAUCUAUUUAUAGCGUUUGGUCAAUCGAUUAGAGGCUUCACCAAUGUCAUGAGACGUGUCAUUGUUAUAGAUGGAACAUUCUUGAAGAGUAAAUUUAAAGGGGUGCUACUGGUUGCAACUGCUUUAGAUGGAAAUUCAAAUUUGUAUCCUAUUGCAUUCGGGAUAGUAGACUCUGAGAAUCAUCAGUCUUGGGAAUGGUUUAUGAGACAAUUAAAAGUGGUUGUUGCUGAUGGUAAUGGCUUGGCUUUUAUUUCGGAUAGACAAGGGUCUAUAGCGAAGGCAGUUGAGAAUGUGUAUCCUCUAGCGGCACAUGGUAUUUGUAUUCAUCAUUUGUUGAAUAAUGUGUCCAGCAAUAGGAACCUAUCUAAUGGAAGCAGAUGUGAAAAAUGGGCUAGAUGUCAAUUUAUUGGAUUCAGGUAUGACAUUAGGACAAACAACCCUGCUGAGUCUAUAAAUUCUGCUUUGCGUUCGCCAAGAGAGUUUCCUGUUAUUCCUUUGUUGGACAGUAUUAGAGAAAUGCUGACACGGUGGUUUUUUAAGCGUAAGAAAAAGAUUUCAAAACAUAAGCAUCCUUUGACCAUAGAUGUAGAGGAAAAGAUUGAAAGGAGAAUCGAGAAGGGAAAAACUUUCGUAGUUUACCCUAUAACAGAUAGUCAGAUGCUUGUGAAAGGCGAUAUAAUUGAUUGCUUUGUUGAUUUGGAUAAACGGGCUUGUUCUUGUGGGAAGUUCAACCUCUUGAAGAUUCCUUGUAGACACGCAAUAAAAGCCGGUUAUUCUGUUGGCAGAGAAGCACACACUUUGACUGAUUUUAUGUACACCACGGGAGCUUGGAGAGAAGCUUAUCAGGAAAGCAUUAAUCCUAUUACUGUGCCUGAAGACUCUUGGUCCGUCCCAGAAAAUGUGGAAAACUCAGAAGUGCUACCGCCUGAAACAAGAAGGGCUCUUGGAAGAAAAAGAAAAAGCAGAUAUGAAACCGUUGAAGACAAAAUUCGAUCAUCACAAGGAUCACAGGGAAGUAAGACUCGCAAGUGCAGUAGAUGCUCUGGUAGUGGCCACAACAGAGCAACUUGCAAGAUGCCAAUAUAG